ACUGAAUCCAUUGUGGCGUUCAGACAGAGCCUUAGCAGAAUGACAAACUUCAACAUAAACAUCGUGUCAGACACAAUCUGCCCAUGGUGUUAUGUUGGCAAGAAGCGCCUCGAGAAGGGCAUUACAGCAUACAAGCAGAAGUACCCAGAUUCUGACGAUACAUUCUCGACACAAUGGUACCCUUUUUACUUGAAUCCUGAUGCUGGCAAGAGCCUCGACAAGCAGGAGAUGUACAUCAAGAAGUUUGGCCAGGAGCGCACAGCAACCAUCAACCAGAUGCUUGCCAAAGUUGGACAGGACGAGGGCAUCAACUUCAAGUUUGGCGGCAAGACUGGAAACACGCGCGACUCACACCGCCUUGUGCAGCUCGGCAAGACCAAGGGGUCAAAGAUGCAGACUCGUGUUGUUGAGGAGCUGUUCGCUGCAUAUUUCGAGAAUGAGAAGGACAUUACAACGCAGGAAAUCCUGAUUGAGUCUGGCGUGAAGGCGGGACUUGAAGAGGAGGAAAUCAAGGACUGGCUGGACAGCGGGAAGGGCGGUGCUGAAGUUGACAAGGAGGUGCAGGACGCGCGCGAGCAGAACAUCAGCGGCGUGCCAAAUUUUAUAAUCAAUGAUCGCUUUGAGAUUGGCGGUGCUCAGGAGCCAGCUGCUUUUGUGCAGCUGUUCGAGCGUUUGAAGAAGUCGGAAGGCAGCCAUUAGGUGUUUACGAGUUGUGACAGAGGUCUGAUCGCGCGCACGGGACCGGCUCGUUUGCGAGCGCCGAAUGUGUGACCAAAUCUGCAUUCAUUAUACCAAAGCUACGAAUACAUAUCAAGAGCCAGCAAUUGUCGGAGCUCUUCACUCCUACUCCACAGAUAAUCUGCAACCCAAUAUAAAAUGACUACACGUAUAUGCAG